UGUUGGUCACGGCGUGGGAAGCAGCUCUGGGGGAGCUCGGAGCUCCCAAUCACAGCGUCUUGGGGGUAGCUACAGCUGAGUGGGCAGAACAGGGCCGGGUCCCCUAGUGGAGACCCCAGCGGGACAGGCAGGUGCGUCGGUGCCUGAGGACUCUGACUUCCUGCCUUCUGGGUCGGUGCCCUAUCCAGCUCUAGAGCCGGCUCCCAGGGAGAACUUGGUGGAACUUCAGAAACACUGGGCAGCUCUGCCUUUCGACCAAUGCCCCUGUCCCUGGGAGCCGAAAUGUGGGGGCCUGAGGCCUGGCUGCUGCUGCUGCUCCUGGCAUCAUUUACAGGCCGGUGCCUGGCGGGCGAGCUGGAGACCUCGGACCUGGUGACCGUGGUGCUAGGCCAGGACGCAAAGCUGCCCUGCUUCUACCGAGGGGACCCCGAUGAGCAGGUGGGGCAGGUGGCAUGGGCUCGGGUGGAUGCGGGCGAGGGCGCCCGGGAGCUGGCACUACUGAACUCCAAAUACGGGUUGCACGUUGGCUCGGCCUACGAGGGCCGCGUGGAACAGCCGCCGCCCCCACGGGACCCCUUGGAUGGCGCAGUGCUCCUGCGCAACGCUGUGCAGGCCGACGAGGGCGAGUACGAGUGCCGUGUCAGCACCUUCCCUGCCGGCAGCUUCCAGGUGCGGCUCCGCCUCCGCGUGCUGGUGCCUCCCCUGCCCUCACUGAAUCCUGGUCCAGCACUAGAAGAGGGCCAGGGCCUGACACUGGCAGCCUCCUGUACAGCAGAAGGCAGCCCGGCCCCCAACGUGACCUGGGACACAGAGGUCAAAGGCACGACGUCCAGCCGCUCCUUUACACACUCCCGCUCAGCUGCUGUCACUUCAGAGUUCCAUCUGGUGCCGAGCCGCAGCAUGAACGGGCAGCCACUUACCUGCGUGGUGUCCCACCCUGGCCUGCUCCAGGACCAAAGGAUCACCCACAUCCUCCAAGUGGCCUUCCUGGCUGAGGCCUCUGUGAGGGGCUUUGAGGACCAAAAGCUGUGGCAGGUUGGCAGGGAAGGAGCUAUGCUCAAGUGCCUGAGUGAAGGGCAGCCUCCGCCGUCAUACAACUGGACACGGCUGGACGGGCCUCUGCCCAGUGGGGUACGAGUGGAAGGGGACACUCUGGGCUUUCCUCCGCUGACCCCUGAGCACAGUGGCGUCUAUGUCUGCCACGUCAGCAAUGAGCUCUCCUCGAGGGAUUCUCAGGUCACUGUGAAUGUUCUUGCAGACCCUCAGGAUGCCCCAGGGAAGCAGGUGGACCUGGUGUCGGCCUCCGUGGUGGUGGUGGGGGUGAUCGCUGCGCUCCUGUUUUGCCUUCUGGUGGUGGUGGUGGUGCUCAUGUCCCGAUACCAUCGACGCAAGGCCCAGCAGAUGACCCAGAAAUAUGAGGAGGAGCUGACCCUGACCAGGGAGAACUCCAUCCGGAGGCUGCAUUCUCACCAUGCUGACUCCAGGAACCAGCCGGAGGAGAGUGUAGGGCUGAGAGCCGAGGGCCACCCUGAUAGUCUCAAGGACAACAGUAGCUGCUCUGUGAUGAGUGAAGAGCCAGAGGGCCGCAGUUACUCCACGCUGACCACGGUGAGGGAGAUUGAAACUCAGACUGAACUGCUGUCUCCUGGCUCCGGGCGGGCAGAGGAGGAGGAAGAUCGGGAUGAAGGCAUCAAACAGGCCAUGAACCAUUUUGUUCAGGAGAAUGGGACUCUGCGGGCCAAGCCCACGGGCAAUGGCAUCUACAUCAAUGGGCGGGGACACCUGGUCUGACCCAGGCCUGCCUCCCUCCCCUAAGCCUGGCUCCUUCUGCUGACAAGGGGAAAUUUCAGCUCAUCUUGGGGGCCUCCCUAAACACCCCGUUUCUUGAGGAAGAUGCUCCCUACCCCACUGACUGCUCGACCUUUUCCUCCAACCCUUCUGUUCAACGACGGGAGGGCUCCACUGGGUGAGUCCCUCCCACCGUGUGUGCAGGUCACUGUGUGUGCAUUUGUGCUUGCGUGAGUGUUCACUGACAGUGUGUGCGUGGAGGGGUGACUGUGCCCAUGGUGUGCAUCGUGUUGUCAUGUAAGAGUCCAAGUGAACCAUGGUGUGUGUGUCACAGGAUUCCCGUGGCUGCGUGGGAAACGCCGUUGGGGUUUGGUUUGUGUGUUGUGUGGCUGUGUGGCCUUUGCCUGUAAAUGCAGGUGUUUUCCUCAGACCCCAGAGCAGUAUUAAUGAUGCAGAGGUUGGAGGCGAGAGGUGGAGACUGGGGGCCAGGGCCAGGCGUGCGGGCGUAGCUGGAGCUGGAAUCUGGCCUCCUGAGUGGGGGAGCCGGGCUCCCACCACUUGGGAGCUGUUGGGGCAAGUGUGAAGCAGCUGGCCUAGGGGUCGGCCAGAGGCUCCAACUGUUACAGAAGAAGCCCUCUGCCCUCUGGUGGCCUCUGGGCCUGCUGCAUGUACAUAUUUUCUGUAAGUAAACCCUCCCAGGGGAGCUUCUUUAAGGAAUACUACACCAAACUCUUUAAUAAGAGAAAAGACUUUUUAACAAACUUUUGAUUUAUCUGGAUGUUCGUUAUUACUAGGAUUGCUUGAAAUGAGGCUAGACUAUACAGGAAUUCAGCAAAGCUAGACCUUGCUCGACCCCACCCCAGGGGGUUAAUUCCUGUGGUUCUGAAAGGUGCUCCUUCUUCUUCUUCUUCUUUUUUUUUUUUUUUGGUGAAGAAUACUAGCCCUGAGCUAACAUCUGUUGCCAAUCCUCCUCUUUUUGCUGAGGAAGAUUGGCCCCGGGCUAACAUCCGUGCCCAUCUUCCUCUACUUUUUAUAUGUGGGGCGCCUGCUACAGCAUGACUUGAUGAGCCGUGCAUGGGUCUGUGCCCAGGAUCCGAACCCGCGAACCCCAGGCUGCCAAAACAGAGUGUGUGAACUUAACCACUAUGCCACUGGGCCAGCCUCUGAAAGGUGCUCCUUCUAAGGCAUAUUAAUCUAGGCAGCCUCUUAGGAGGGAGCCUGGGGCUGGUGGAGUCUGAAUUAGUGACCUGAGCCCUGCGGUUAGCGGCUACGGGAGGACAGGGUAGGGUCCUUGGCCCUCGUGGCUCUUCAGCUCUUCCCCUCCCCUCAUCUCUUUUCUUACUUGUAUCCACAGUUGUUUGUGGUCCCUUGGGGGGUUCCUGGGGCUUAGUGUCAGGGGCUCCUGGUUCAGUUGUGGGGUAGGGGAGAGAGGGUAGUGAUUACACACCAAGCAGGUGAGCUGAAAGAGCUACUGGGGGCAAGAAUGUCUCCUUUCCCCCAGGAGUCUUGGGAUCACUAAGUUGGGCUCUUCUGGCAUUUUCUCUGGGUGGGGACUGGGGUUAGGUAAGGUCCAUUUUUGUCAGGCCACCCAAACACACUCAGCCUAAAUACCUACAUUUAGCACCCAAACCCUGUGUGGCCUGAAAUCUGCUGGAUUUCUGAACCAAAGGAGAGACGCCCAUGCCCCAUUCCCCAGCCAGCCCAGGACUCUGGAUUUGGAACCCAAAGAUCUGGGGUCCUAGUAUGUACAUCUGUGUAAAUAUGUGCAUAUUUGUACAUAAAAUGAUAUUCUGUUUUUAAAUAAACAGAUAAAACCUGU